AUGGACCGAGUGACCAGAUACCCCAUCUUCAGCAUCCCCGACUCGCCCCGUGCCAACAGCCUCGCGCCCGAUGGUGACAUCAGCUACACGUUCCAGCUGGUGGGCGUGGGGCCCGAGGUGACCAGCUGGGGCCAGCACGAGCCGCCUGCCUGGCCUGCUGACCAUGAGGUCCGGCUGGACACGGGGAGGAGCACAGCACCCCACAGCCUGCGUGUGUCCCCCAGGAAGCUGAUCCCACGGCCACUCUACAUAGAGGACGAAGAUGUGGAGAUGGAGGCUCACCACGUGGAUGAUGCCAGGGAUGUGCCCAGGCGGCCGCGGGACCUGGAGCAGGAGCGCCGGGCGGUCAUCCGGGGCCAGGCGGUCAGGAAGAGCAGCACGGUGGCCACGCUCCGAGAUGCCCCUCGCCAGGUGGACUGGGCCCCCAGCCGUGCUCUGACGGAGAGCCUGGAGGACCACGCGGUCGACACGGAGCAGACCCACUUCCUGAGCGCUCGGCAGCAGUUCCUGAGCCUGGAGCGGGCAAACGCGGGGGCCCCUCGGAAGCCCCCGGCCAGGGUGGCUUCCCCACCGGAGGUCGGCCAGGUCCCCGAGGCCUUUAAUGGGCCCCAGCUGGCCAACGGGCAUGGUGUCCCCGCCAGGCCCCAGGUGAAGGAUGUGCUUAUAAAAGAGAAGAAGGCCCGCCAUCCUCCCGCUGGGUUUGGUGUCCACACGGGGGAUGAGCCUGCUCUCCGGCCCCACGCAGGGUCUCCGGAGCCCACCAAGGAGACCCCCAUCGAACGGGAGAUCCGGCUCGCCCAGGAGCGUGAGGCCGACCUGCGUGAACAGAGGGGCCUGCAGCGAGUGGCUGGCCACCAGGAGCUGGUGGAGAUUCCGGCCAGGCCCCUGCUGACCAAGGUCAGUGUGACUGCGGCUCCGCGGCGGGAGAGAGGCCGCCCGUCGCUGUAUGUGCAGCGGGACCUUGAGCAGGACACGCAGCGCGAGCAGGACCACCGGCGGCAGGGGGGCCGGGCGAGUACCCCCAGCUGGGUCUGCGAGGUCCCCCAGCCUGCACUCAGAAGAGCCCUCAGCUCAGACUCCAUCCUCAACCUGGCCCCAGACGCCCAAGUGGCUGGCAGCACUCCUGAGAUGAGAAGGACAAGGAGGGUGAACCGCAUCCCACCCGAUGCCUACCAGCCGUUCCUGAAGCCCGGGACCCCCCUGCCAGGUUACUCAACCUUUAAAAUGCCCACCAAGCCCCGUGGUCUGUCUGCAGAGGAAGUCAAGUCUGUGGCUCCUCCACAGCUCAUAGGGCCUCAGAGGCCUGUCUCAGACUCUUCUGGAAAACACUUGGGCGCAAAGCAACAGCCCUUGAAGCUGCCCCAGGGACCCCCACGAGCCGACGGAGGUAUUGUGCGACGAGAGUACUUCCUCCUGCGUCCCCUGCAGUUCAGAGUACCGGAUGUGCCCCGGCAGGCUGAGGCUCCUCAAGUCUGGGGCUGGGAGGUGGCUGGGGGCCCGGCGUUGAGGCUGCAGAAGUCCCAGUCGUCUGAGCUCCUAGAGCAGGAGGUGGAGAGCGUGCUGAGGCGCGAGCGGGAGGUGGCAGAGGAGCGGAGGAAUGCCCUCUUCCCCGAGGUCUUCUCCCCGCCACCAUGUGACAGCUGCAGCCCGGACUCCAGGAGCUCCUCCAGGGCAUCCGGCAUCUCAGGCAGCUACUGUGUGUCUGAAUCACCCUUCUUCACCCCCAUCCACCUGCACUCGGGCCUGGUGUGGACGGUGGAGGCUGAGCCCGGGCCCCUGGAAACCCCACCAGAGGAUGCUCCGUGGCAGAGGAAGAAGAGGGAUCUCUGGUAUGCCGGCAUCAACCCCGCAGACCACGUCAACUCGGAGGUUCUGGAAGCCACACGGGUGACACGCCACAAGAACGCCAUGGCAGAACGCUGGGAGGCCCGCAUCUAUGCAAGCGAGGAUGAGGACUAA